CAGGAAGACCCCUGAAGGGCUGCUCCGCGGGCUGCGAGGCGAGUGGGAGCCGGGGACCGCUGGCGCCCUGCUGCUCCCAGGGGCGCGGAGCUCGGGCCAUGGCUUGGGGCACAAGAUCAUGGCGCUGAGGAUGGAGCUGCAUUGUAGGGCAACUAGGUUUUUCUUCCCUGCAAACUAGAAGCUUCUUGAGGACUGGGACCGAAUUUGGUUCAUCUGAGGCCCCAGUGUUCAUCACAGGAUUCAGCACAAAAGAGAUUUGGAAGACUGGAGGUGUAAGUUUUGGAAAGAAUAAAGCAGAAUGUCUCUUCAUUGGAAGACACAAAGCACAGUUGAGGGCAAGAGAGAGAAGCUACUGGAGGAGGUUCACCACCCAAAUGAAGCUUACCUGCGAGCUGUCGACGUGAAGAUCCUGCAGCAGCUGGUGACCUUGAACGAGGGCAUCGAGGCGGUGCGCUGGCUGUUGGAGGAGCGGGCAACGUUGACCAGCCACUGCAGCAGCCUCACCAGCAGCCAAUAUAGCCUGACAGGUGGGAGUCCUGGUCGCUCGAGGUGGGGCAGCUGGGACAGCCUGCCAGACACCAGUGCUGCUGACCGGCUGGACAGUGUCUCCAUUGGCAGUUUCCUGGACACAGUGGCCCCCAGUGAACUGGAUGAACAGGGCCCCCCUGGGGUUCCCCGACCCGAGAUGGACUGGUCAAAGGUUAUGUCCACUGGUGAGAGGACCAGGACUGAAGUGGACCUGACAACGAUCAGGCUAGGGGGCUUGAGGGUUGGGUGGAAGCCGUCAGGGGAGGAGCAUCAAGACCAACCAUCUGAGCCGCCAGAGGACGAGACUGUCAAGCUGGACUUUGAGGCUCACUGGUACUGGGGGCAGUGCCAGGACGAUGUGACCUUCUUGUAAUGUUUCUACCCUUUUAUUUUCCUGUGGCUUCUCUUAUCCUUAGUUUCUGGUCUCCCUCAAAACUUACUCUCCCUCAUUCAGGGGCCAGGAAGAGGCUGUACUGAAAUCAGCACUCCAUGGUUACCAUGGAAACCUGGCCUCACCAACCCUCUAACCUCUAGGAGUCUCUUGCCUUUACCCCUAGAGCUGUUGUCACAGAGACAUAGACUCUAGAGGCUUGGCUUAUGGUUCCUGGCGUGAUGGUAUCCCCUGACCCCCUCCACCAGGUAAGGAUUUGAAGAAUUUAGGACCCUAGGGGAUCAUUGGUGAAGAGACAGGAGCGUCAUUACCUCACCCAACAUCUAGGAGCUUUGGCUUUCAUUCUGGCCAUGAUGGACGAUUGAGGAGAGACAUGGAGGUCAGGGCCAACCCUCCAUGGACUGGCCCUCCCAGAAGCCUUUGGGGUCAGUAGAACCACCCCUUCCUGUUUGUUGAGUGAUGUCAUUUCCUGUCAAGCUGAACUAAUGCUUUCUGCUUUCUCAAUCCUUGGGUGGUGGGUGAUAAAUCAGGGUAUGUCUGAGUCCCUGCUAAGAGAGACCGUACCAUUACUUCUUUCAACAUAACAUUUCUUAUUUUAACCAUUGAUCCAGUUCAUUGGUGUUAAUUUCGUUUAUAAUGUUGUGUUGCCAUCAUCACCAUCCAUUACCAAAAAACCAUUACUUCUUGUGAGUGGAACACAUCACUGUUCCUGACGGGAAAGUUUCUCACUUUCUGUCAGCUGUUUGCACUUCUUUUAAGAAAGGUUCUUUCUUUUUAGAGUGUUCUUAUUUUAUUCUAGAGGCUCUCACUUUCUCUGUGGCCGCAACCUUUUCUUUGGUGCCAGUCUCCUAUCCCUUUGAGAGAGGGAGAGAAGCUAGCAGGAGUGCCUCUCAAUAAAGACUGCUUGGCCUGCCCCUGCCCCUGCCCCAGUUCCUGGUCUUACCUGUCCCUGGGUUGCCCCCCUUCUUGUAUUCUGAUUCCAAAUCUGCCUGCCAGGAGGUUCAGCCUUUGUGUUUGCAUACCUUCUCGGUUUUCUCUGGUGUCAGGCCUUUUGUAUGCAGAUAAGUUCUAACCAUCUCUCCCUAUUGGUGAGAAGCUCAGAGACCGGACGAAAAAGGCUGGAGGUCUCAGAAUGAAGAGUGUACCAGGUGGGGGGAGGGGUCUUCUUUCACCCUGUGAUUCCCCUUCCCCCACCCUGCCCUAAGCCUUCCACCAUUUAGUCACAAGGAUGCCUUCUGGAGGCUGAGACACAGGAAUCCCCUUGUCUGGACAACAAUGGGGGCAUGGCAGGGAAAGACAGAGGCUCUUUGGUCCCAGGGCCCACCUCCUGGGAGGGGGGGAGGGAGAGAGGGAAAGGCCUCUCCUUCCUCCCUCAGAGCCAGCCCAGUCUCCUGGGAUCUGAGGAGGGAACAGGGGGCUGGCUCUGAUGGCAUGGGUCCCAGGGCCCUAGUGAAUUACACCAAAGAAGAAAUUCAGGGAAGCUGCCAACCUGGGUACAGGGAGAGAACAGGCCCAGAGAGAGGGGGGAUGACAAGGGCUAUGGCUGAUGUCAGAGAAUGAAUUCUUGGAGAUUAACGUUUUGAGCCUUAUGUAAUUGUCUCAGUGCCUAUUUUGCCUGGGCCCUGAAACUAAAUUAAUGGAAAGCACAAAGGAGGGAAAAGGAUGUCGGGUGCUCCUUGGCUAUUCACUGUGUCCUCGGGGCUCUGAGAUGGGGGUGUCUUCCCCAAAUAACUGUAAUAACUCCUGCAGUUUCUCUAUUUUGAAAUCUGUGCCAGACAAGGAGAGGAAAUGAAGUUGAUCAUCUCCACGUCCCCUAAACCCUUCAACUCUUGUUCUGCAACUCCCACCCUAAUCCUUCUGGGGCUGUGGCUCUUCUCUGAAGACCCUUCCCCCCUUCUCCCUAGCUUGGAAGUGAUGAAAAUCUCCAAAAUAUAUUUUCAGCCUCUCCUCCUCUGCUGACUACCAGUCGUCUUCUUAUCAUCCCUGGUCCUGGGACUCCUGACCUCCCCUUAGGCUGGAAAUUCAGAUACGCUGGUCCAGUCCUUUCUCUGUCACCAAUUUGAAUGAGCCCUUGGGUUCCACAUGGAAGCCUCAGUAUUCCUUUUAAGAGGCUCAUUAGUUCAUUUAGUUCACACACCUCUAAGCUGAAGAAGUUGCUGGCCCUCUUGUGGCCAUUAUGCACUAUUGCCAGGGGUAGCUGGGUGGAACCUCUAAGCUCAAAUACAGCCUCCCAGAGGACCAGUCCCCUCUGCCCAAACGGAAAGACUGAGGCCCAGCUCAGGGUCACCCAUUAUAAAUCCAUGACAAGUUAGAGAGCCCAGAUCUCCUGCCUACCUGUCCACGACUCCAUCCACUUGGCCAGACUGCCGACACUCAGCCAAAGCCACCCAAACCCAAAGGGACUAAAAAUAAUUUUCCUCCUGUUUUAAUUUUUAGGUUCUCAUGCCACCAUAGAGAGGCAGCUCAAUCUUUAGGGAAGCAGUUACGGGUUCUGAUGAAAGAGAACCCUGGACCUGGACUGGAUGAAAGAUACACUGUUGUAGAUGGCAGAAACGAGGAAAAUCAAUUCUGAACCAAUAGUUUUUCCUGAGAAGAGGUAGAGUAGACCCAGAUAUGGUGGGGACAGAGCUCAGCAUUUCCAUUCCCUACAACACCUGGCAGUUAAGACUGAAGGUGGCGAACUGUGAGAUUAGGAAAUCCAGAUGGGUCCAGUGGAGUUGGGGAGCUCCACAGGUCCAGGGUGCCAGGUCAGUUGGAUAGGCACCUGAGAGUGUGGAGGGGCUGGAGAGGGGCUGGUGAGCAGGCCCCCCUGGGAAUGCCAGGUAGCGCUAGGUAUCCUGUCUUUAUACCUUAGGCUACAUUUCAGUGUCAGAGAAGCCCAGGAAUCCCAGUAAACACACACCCUUGGUCCUUCCUGCCUAGCCUUUUCUGGGUCACAGGGAGGUGCUGUUUGGGAGUUCAAAGGAGAAGGUAGAGUUAGGAAGAGAGGUGCAGAUGAACAAGAGAGAAUGAGAUAAAAAGGGAAAAGGGAAUAUUGAAAGUAUGAGCAGAAGGAGCAGACUUCUCUCUAACGGGUCUGGGGGAUUUUGUCCAGCUCAGGUGAAGGCAGAGAUAAAACUGCUUAUGGCAGCUGCAGAAACAGUGCCUGGGAGGAAAAGUGGUGGUGCUGGCUGGGCUGGGUCCACAAGAAAAGAAAGAAAGAAGGAAACAUGAGACCAUGGAAAUGGGUAAGUAUAGGCAUAUGUUUAGGAGGGUGGUGGUGAGGUUGGGCACUGGACUAACUGGGAGCCCAGUGACAGCUUCAGUGAGAAAGGCUUGGGGAUUGUAGUGGACUACAAGCUCACUCUGUAUGCAGGGUGCCAGGCACUACUGGGUCUUCCAUGACAACUGUUGAAUGAAUGGAGGAAUGAAUGGGCAUGUGUAAACACAAGGAGAUGUGCCUUUUGGAAAAAAAAAAAAAAAAAAAGCAAGUGA